AUUUGAGUAUAAAUUGUAUAGACAAAUAUUAAGAAAGCAACUUUUCGAAUAAUGGUACUAGUUGACCGGCACAUUAGUCCACCGACGGCCGCAAUGAACCCUGCAUUCCCCCCACCGACCCACGCUCCCACUGCACAAGAUAUGAUGGACGUGCCUUCGAUGUACGAAAACCUUUACCAGGCCGGGAACGUUCACAUGGCGGGAACUCGGGCGUCGCAUUCCGGCCAUUAUUCACUCGAUUACUCGGGAGGCGCGACGGCGAGUCCAUAUCACCUUUGGGCAGCUGCGGCCACAAACCCAUACAACUCAUCUUACAUGCAAGGAUAUGGACCAAGUCACCACCAUGCAGCAGCCGUUGCGGCGGCGGGGCAGCGACAACUUUUCGGGCACCAUACACCGUCUCACCCCUCGUCCGGUUUUGGGACUGACUUCCCGUGGCUUUCACUGUCGAGUCAAACCGAAUUGUUCAAGAUGGUCCGACCGCCCUAUUCCUACUCUGCUUUAAUUGCGAUGGCAAUACAGAACUCUAAGGAGAAAAAACUAACUCUAUCCAGCAUAUACUUAUACGUGGCGGAAAAUUUUCCGUUUUAUAAACGCAGCAGAGCUGGCUGGCAGAAUUCAAUCCGGCACAACCUUUCACUUAAUGAUUGUUUCAAGAAGGUGGCAAGAGACGAGGAUGACCCGGGAAAAGGGAAUUAUUGGUCGCUUGAUCCGAACUGCGAGAAAAUGUUCGACAACGGAAACUUCAGGCGAAGAAGGAAACGAAGAGACCAAGGAGGGGAGUCAAAACCGGACAGACCGGAGGAUUUCAAUCUUCCAAGAAUUCCGCAUUGCUAUUCAACAGCCGCCUCAUACGCCGCGUCAUCCCUCUCGCAUAAGUUCACUGAUGAAAUCGACUCCUCAUCUUACUCGGAGAUGGAGCGAAGGGAAGAGUCGAAUAUGCAUCCUCAUCUCUCGCAUGCAUCACCUAUUGGUGGGACUUCAGAGCAAGGGAGCAACAUUCGAGGAGGAGAGAUGGCGAUCCACGAUCCCAAUCCUCUAACAUCCCCGCAACAACAGCAAGCACACAGCAGCACACGAUCCGAGGGCUCUAACGUUGAUAUGAUGGGACACGAUGUUGAGCAGUCUUACCAAACGCCAACGGUCGCCCAGCACUCAAUGAAUGCGGCGACUAACGAGACUCGACUCCCAGCCUCUGUUGCAGCUAGCAUGCUGCCUGACUUCCGCAUUGCAAACGGACAAUCCCAAUACUGCUCAGGAAACCCCGCACCGACCGCACAUCAUUCCCAAGGUGCGGCGACGACAUACGCAAGCAACUACGCCCUCUCAGCCACAGCGACACACAUCUCUCCGCAAUCGCAAUAUCACCCGCAUUUCAACCCAGCCCAAAGCCAGCGACCAUUUAACUUUACAGUAAAUAACCUUAUCCAUCGACCCUACCCCCGAAUUUAACACCUGGAAGUCAUCCAAUUUAAAUUAUGAACGAAUCUGUUGCAGUCGUUCGGUGCUGGCACCGAUUUCUGUUAAACGUUCAGGAAAUGACGUCAUGGGUCAAGUAGGAAAUGCCGCGAAUUAAUCGAGCGGAACGGGCGGUGAGCUAGAAUCAACCUUGACUUUUCAGUAGUUAUACUUGGCGUGCUGUAUCCGAUUACAAUGACGUUAUUUCACAUCGAAGUGUUGAUGUAUUCCAUCCAACACAUCACUCAAAAGUUAUGCCCUCACUCAAACUACACCGCAGCUAACACGGUUAUCAUCGUAUAUGAGGGACUUUGUACAAUUAUGUUCUUAUUAAAUAUCUAUGUUUUGCACGUUCGUUCCCAACGUACACGGGUAUAUUGAAACUAAGUGCAAAUAAAUACUCAUUAUCAA